CCCUCUUCGAACGAUUUACCGGGACGAUGAUUGGGGACCUGAAUCCUAAGGGUCGCAGCUUAGUUUUCUCGUAGAGCUUUUAUCGUCGUGGUAGGAGUUUCUGUGUUGGCUUUAAACUUGGAUUUGGCAUUGAAGUUUUGUGUUUCCGAUGGAGCCUCGUGUAGCCAACAAGUUCCGGCUCGGUCGCAAGAUAGGAAGCGGCUCUUUUGGGGAGAUCUAUUUAGGUACUAAUGUGCAAACGAAUGAAGAGGUUGCUAUUAAGCUGGAAAUUGUUAAGACAAAGCAUCCCCAACUGUUAUAUGAGUCAAAACUAUACAGGAUUCUUCAAGGAGGAACGGGAAUUCCGAAUGUAAGAUGGUUUGGUGUAGAAGGUGACUACAAUGUGCUUGUGAUGGACCUAUUGGGACCGAGCCUUGAAGACCUUUUUAACUUCUGUAGCAGAAAGCUUUCUUUGAAGACUGUUCUCAUGCUUGCAGAUCAGAUGAUCAAUAGAGUGGAAUAUAUACAUGGAAAAUCCUUUCUUCAUCGAGACAUAAAACCAGAUAAUUUUCUCAUGGGUUUGGGCAGACGUGCAAAUCAGGUUUACGUUAUUGAUUUUGGUCUUGCAAAGAAGUACAGGGAUUCUUCAACCCACCAGCACAUUCCGUACAGAGAGAACAAGAACUUAACAGGGACGGCUAGAUAUGCAAGCAUGAAUACUCAUCUUGGCAUUGAGCAAAGCAGGAGGGAUGAUCUGGAAUCUCUAGGAUUUGUGCUGAUGUAUUUUCUAAGGGGAAGUCUUCCAUGGCAGGGCCUAAAAGCAGGAACAAAAAAACAAAAGUAUGAGAAAAUUAGCGAACGAAAAGUCUCCACAUCCAUUGAAGCCUUAUGCCGAGGUUUUCCUACCGAAUUUGCAUCCUACUUCCACUAUUGCCGUUCGCUAAGAUUCGAUGAUAAGCCUGAUUAUACUUAUCUUAAGAGACUUUUCCGUGAUCUUUUUAUUCGUGAAGGUUUCCAGUUUGAUUAUGUGUUUGAUUGGACAAUUUUGAAGUAUCAACAAUCCCACAGUGCAAAUGUUCCACCACGAGCUCUCGGAUCUGGUGCUGGACCGAGCAAUGGCGUUGCUUCUGCAAUUCCUGAGAAGAACUCAGGUGAGGAAGGGCGGACGAGCGGAUGGUCUGCUACUGAUCCGUCUCGUCGGCGAUUGUCAGUACCUGCCGUAUCUGCAGGUAGCUUAACUAAGCAGAAGAAUUCAGGGGUAAAUGAUUUACCUGCUUCGAAAGAUGUGUUAACGAAUUCAGCUUCUUUGGGGCUUUCAACCGGUUCUUUAAGACGGCCUGCUGUUUCUAACAGUCGGGAUGCUGCAGCGGCGAUGGAGCUCACCCCGGAAACAAGCCAUGGACCUUCCCACAGAGUUUCUAUUAAUCAGAUUUAUUCUCCUCCGGGUGUGUCGGAAGCUAACAAGCAGACAGUGCAUGGAAGGAAUCUGCCUGCCAUUAAGAACUAUGAAUCCACACUCAAAGGCAUAGAGCGGCUUAAUUUUGACAGCGACAAGAUUGUGCAGUAAAGGAUGCCAUGUUUUAACUUUCUUCUGUUGUAAAUUAUGUGUGUUGGUUGGGACCUGGGAGUGCAUGAAAUAGUUGUGCAGAAAGUUUGAUUAUUGGUGAUUUGAUUAAACAAUGGGACUGAGAAAAUUAUAUGGGCAAUCAGGGAAUAGAUUUUAAGCCCGAAUGCCUAUGGAAGGAAUGUUUAUUUGUAUGUAUAUUUUUCUUAAUUCUUAUUCCGUUAUGGUUGCUUUUGUUUUUCUGUAAAUCAGUUGAUAGAUUUCUGUUUUUUUCUUCCUAAUAAAUUUGAGAAAGUUAUAUUA